AUGACCGACCGCUUUGGCUCCUCGGAAAAAGCUGCUGAAGCGGCAGCAGCUGUUCCCACGUAUGCUGAGCAUUCAGCAGACGAACUUUAUACUGGCAACAGUCCAAUCCCAAACUAUGGGACUGGAAUACCAUCUGAAGGAGAAGAUGUCGAAGGAAACACCUCUAAAAUACCACCCACUGCAGAAACAUAUACAUCGCCUCCCCGGAACACCCCAUACCCAGAAGCAGCCCCAUCAAUUCCGGAGCACCUUCCGUCACCCGCCGCAUCUGGUCCACUAUCCUUAACCCUGGAUAAAGACCUUAUAUUUCCCAACGUCGUCCCAGCGACAGCAUUAUACUCUCUGAAUUAUACAUUAAACUCUAUGGGUAACUCCAUCACACUCCGCCGAUCUAUCCGCACCCCUGAGCGCGCAAGUGGAGCGCCUAGCAAGCUCGUUGACAAGGAUCUUUAUUCAUUCACAAGGCCUCCAAUGAGCAACCUACUCUUUGAGCUGGAAGGGAAACGUCGGAGUACCUAUCCAGGCUCUGGAACCAUUCAAAUGAAGUCUGGUCUCCGUGGAAAGUACUGGGAGUGUAAAUUCAAGAACAAAGUCAUGUUGAAAGGCAGAAGCGGCAAGUGGGAAGAUGGGGAUGGUAAGCCUGUGGCGAGGGAAGUGAACGAAGUUACUAUGAAGAGCAAGAAAGGGAAAGAGAAGGAAAACCCGUCGGGACUGAGUGAAAAUCCUGGUUUGAACUUUGAGCCAGGCAUUGAGGAAAGGAUGGUGGAUUUGAUGGUUGCAGUUUGGUGCACAAAAAUUUGGUGUUGUGAGACAUAUCAGAGCUGGAUACCUAAAAGUUCUUUAAUUGAAGGCAAAGCGGGCCGGGAACGCGUGUGGGGGAACUUGGGAAAUAUUACCUAG